AUGGGAGGUGAAUGCGAAGCAAUGUCAUUGUUCAUGACUAUUGAGGUGCAAACUCAAGUCCUGGAGUCCACAAAACGUGCUGAUAAGGAUGAUCGCAUCAAUGGACAUUGCGACAUGUUCAGCUCCUACCGUCCGGUAGAAGACUCCAUUUAUGAUGAUCAGUCGCUAAUCUUCACCACCUCCGCGGCUGCGCCACCGAAACAGAAGGUUCGAGUCGCUAACACCACGCGCAAAUCGACCAUCCAGAAGUCUCCGCGGUCGCUAUUCAAGAUGGGCAAUUUGUUCUCAUCGUCUGAGGCAGAGCGUCCCGAAGGAUUUGAUGCCGCCGAAUCCGAAACAAGUGAGCACAGCUCUGCUCCCAGCGAUGCAAGCUCUAUCGAUGGUGACAGCUGUACCCUACCGGAUCCCCGAGACGAAGUUCCCCGGUCAAGUGCUAUCAAUCAACUUGCGCAUCUAAGAAACCCAUUCCAAGUCGCCUUCCAGGCCGUCCUCAACAAGGUGCAGUUGUUAGCUUCUCGAGCUCACGAUGCCGUUGCGAAUGCGGUGAGCCAAUUACGGAAACUCGGAGUAAUUGAGGUCGCAAAGGAAGUAGGGACAUGGAUGAAAGCUCACCCUGCAGAGACGGCAGCGAUCAUCGUCUUCAUUGCGGUCCUUGCCAGUACGCCAGCUAUACUCGGAGCCAUGGGAUUCACGACGGCUGGAAUUGCUGCAGGGAUUCAGUCCGGCAUCGGCAGUGUGGCUGCGGGCUCUGUAUUCGCGAUAUGCCAGAGCGCUAUGAUGGGCGGUUAUGGCAUCUUCAUUUUUGGCGCCCUUCCUACACUUUCAGCCGCUUUAGCUUGGGCCGGCACCGCUGUAUGGACCUGGUGGAAGGGCAGUGGAUCGACUGAGGGCGAAGAAGCUGGGAGCGAGACAGACCCCGACAGCGAGGUAGCUCUUGUGAAGCCUGAAGUACCGACGAUGAGCAUCGCCAAGGAGCUUGCCACAGAUUUUGCGCAGAUUCUCAAGCUGGGCGCCAUCUUCGUUGCAGCUACCGCGGUGUAUCGUUACCGUCGGUGGCAGAAUGCCCGCCGGACCGACUUGGACACUUGA